CUUCUGCAAAAGAGUCAGUCUCGCUCGAUUUCUGUAGCGUGCGGACGAUCGCACGUAUCGCGAUUAAAAAAAAUACGGUAUCAUCCUUUGUCCAAAUAAACUCAAAACUGAGUUUUAAUUUAGCACUUAUUAAAACAUAAGUUAUUAGAAUAAAAACAUUGCAGCGAGACGUAAACUGGUGAAAUUGACAGGUGUUAUUCGGGACAUUUGUGGUGUGCGUUUGUGGUUCCCGCAUAGUCGUUCGAGCAUGAAUAAUAAAGAAGUAAGCGGUGAUAGCGUCGCUUUUCCGUCGGGAAGCGAGAGCUGGUGAUUGCGGCGCGGCUGUCGGCGUGUGAUGAGUCUGCGGUGACGGCUCGCCGCGGAGCGGUUGGAUGGCGGCCGUAAGUGGCCCCGCGCGGCACUCUCGCGUCUCCAUGAGUGUCUCCAUGUCGCUGAUGCAGGGCGGUACGCAGACCGCGCCGCAGGGCGCCAUCCUGGCGGCGGCGGCGCCCUACUACCAGACGCCGGCCAUUCCCACCGACGUGCAGCCUGAUCGCCCCAUCGGUUACGGUGCCUUCGGUGUCGUAUGGGCGGUGACGGACCCGCGCGACGGGCGGCGCGUGGCACUCAAGAAGCUGCCCAACGUGUUCCAGUCGCUCGUCUCCUCCAAGCGCGUCUUCCGCGAGCUCAAGAUGCUCUGCUUCUUCAAACACGAGAAUGUACUAUCGGCACUAGACAUCCUGCAGCCGCCCAGCCUCGACUUUUUCCAGGAAAUUUAUGUGAUAACGGAGCUUCUACAAAGCGACCUGCACAAGAUCAUCGUGUCCCCACAACACCUAUCAGCUGACCACAUCAAAGUCUUCCUCUACCAGAUAUUAAGAGGUCUAAAGUAUCUGCACUCCGCCCGCAUCCUGCACCGCGACAUCAAGCCCGGCAACCUGCUCGUCAAUAGUAACUGCGUGCUUAAGAUAUGCGACUUCGGUCUCGCGCGUGUCGAGGAACCCGAUGUUACGAAGAAUAUGACUCAAGAAGUUGUCACGCAGUACUACAGAGCACCAGAGAUUCUAAUGGGCGCCAAUCAUUACACGGCCGCUGUGGACGUGUGGUCUGUGGGCUGCAUAUUCGGCGAGCUGCUCGGCAGGCGCAUACUGUUCCAAGCCCAGAGCCCGGUGCAGCAGUUGGAGUUGAUAACGGAGCUGCUGGGCACCCCGUCGCUGGAGGACAUGCGACACGCGUGCGCCGGCGCCCGAGCGCACAUGAUGCGCCGCGCUCCACGCCCGCCCGCGCUCGCCGCCCUCUACACGCUCUCCGUGCAGGCUACGCAUGAGGCUGUGCAUCUCCUCGCACAGAUGCUGGUGUUCGAUCCGUCGAAGCGCAUAUCUGUGGUGGACGCGCUGGCGCACCCCUACCUGGAGGAGGGGCGGCUGCGCUACCACUCGUGCAUGUGCAAGUGCUGCUACAGCGCGCCCCCCGCCGCGCGACACUACUCGCCCGACCUCGAGCCCGCGGCCCCACACGCUUUCCACGACGCCUGGGAGCGUAAGCUUACCACCGUGCACCAAGUCAAAGAGGAAAUUCACAAGUUCAUAGCGGAGCAGCUGCAGACGUCGCGGGUACCUCUGUGCAUCAACCCGCAGUCGGCGGCGUUCAAGAGCUUCGCAAGUUCUAGAGCGAGCUCGAAAGCAAAAGUUUGUUCCCCUUUCAAGACGGCGGCAAAAAUUCUACUUCUGUCGCCAGUGAUAUUUCUGUGCGCCGCGUAACGCGCGCGCCGAUUACCUAACGAGCCCCACUCAACGGUGGCGCAUCCUUCCGAGCUACCGCCCUCGCCACACCAGUGGGAAUGACGCGAGUCCACGCGCGCCCCCGA